GUGUAUCAUGGCCUGCGGUAUCGAUUUGAAGUCCUGAUAUCAGAACUGAAGACUGCGGAGAGCGACGUUCUUCGUUCAACACUCCUUGCUUUUGUGAACUGUCUUGUGUUUGGUUGUGAAGAUCUUCAUCAAAGGGAUCGAAUCCGUAACGAGUUUCUCGGCCUUGGUUUAGGUGGCGUCUUGUCUGAAUUACGGAACUCUGAAAGUGAGCUGGUGCAGAUUCAGGUAGAAGUGUUUGAUGAAAAGUUGCACCGCGAUCAAUCUGAGUUAGAGAAGGAUCCCAGAAGCCUUUCACCACAACAACUUUUCGACAUCAUCUCCAAUAAGAUUGCAGAUUCUCCUCAGGCACUACACUUUCAUUCCAUGUUGCUGAAUCUGUCUCAGUUAGAUACAUCUCAGCCGGCCACAGAUCACAUCUGGGAAGCGCUGGAAGAGAUAUCAGCUGAAGAUAGUUCGGCAAAUAAAGGCAGUAUGCGAGGAGUGAGGAACUUCGUUGCUACAAAGACAUUUCGCAGCGAGAGCACACAGACACCUGCCAGAGGCUGGGUCCGUGGACAACUUCUCAGACCAGCAUCAGUAGAAAUUGCGGUCCAGGUUGAUGGGUCAGACAGUUUGUAUCAGAAUACAGAUGUGAAAACUAAGGUCAAUAUCUGUCCUGUACAAGAAAUUGAGUCAUCUAUUCCACGUCCUCCUGAAAAAGACCUCAGACCUUUGCAAUCAUCGUCACCAAAUACUUCUGAAACAUGUACAUGGUCACCCCAGUCACCUGUUUCAGAAACUGCGCUAUUGUCAGAGUCUCAUUCGAUUCCUGCAUCGGACAUUGCAGCUACAACCUCAUUGUCGUUACAAACUGCAGAAACAAUGUCCUCGCCUCCCCAUCUCCCUGUAUCAGGAGUACUCAGUCUGUCUCCUGCCCAGUCCCUUAGUCCUCAGUGUGACAUAUCUGAUCUUUUAUCAUGUUCAUCCUUACUUGAAAAUCCUCAUUCACCUGAAAUCAUACCUGAUCUGCCACCACGCAAUCUGUCUUUGACAGCAUCUGAUUCACCAUCAUCUCAGUCCACGGAAAUAUCUGUUCCUCCUCUACCCCCUUUGCCACCAGUAAUGUCCAGUCCUCCUCAUCCACCUCCUCUGCCACCAGAAAUGUCUGGUCCACCCCCACCACCUCUGCCCAUGGUAGUGUCUGGACCUCCUCCGCCCCCUUUGCCACCAGUAAUGUCUGGACCUCCUCCACCACCUUUGCCAUCGGCAAUGUCUGGACCUCCUCCACCACCUUUGCCAUCGGCAAUGUCUGGACCUCCUCCACCACCUUUGCCAUCGGCAAUGUCUGGACCUCCUCCACCACCUUUGCCAUCGGCAAUGUCUGGACCUCCUCCACCACCUUUGCCAUCGGCAAUGUCUGGACCUCCUCCUCCAACCCCUUUGCCAUCAGUAAUGUCUGGUCCACCCCCACCACCUCUGCCGAUGGUAAUGUCUGGUCCACCACCGUUCUUGCCAUUCUCUGUUUCAUCACAGUCCAGUGGCUACAUGACAAUGCCGAAUAUACGAAGCUCUCUGCCCUGUGACCUCACUGAUUCUGAUAGUUGGAGUCCAGACAACAAAUUCAAUACCUGGCAUGGCUCUCGACGUAAGAUGAAGACUAUCAACUGGACAAAGAUCCCCAAAACUUUAACAGGUGACUGCGUGUGGACGGGUGUGGAGACUCUGCCGAAACCUGAGCGCUUGGACUUGCAACAGCUAGAGGAACUGUUCUGCCAGAAAUCUGGGGAUAGCAGCAAGCGUCCCGUGUCAGCACCAGUGGCACGGCCCAUCAGCGUGGAGCUGAACCUCCUUGACAGCAAACGCAGUCUUGCGGUGAACAUCUGUCUGCGCCAGAUCAAAGGUCGUGGUUCUGCUGUUGUGAAAGCAGUCCAGGAUGCAUCUAGUAGGGAGCUGGGCACAGAAAAGCUUCGAGGAUUGCAGCGUCUACUACCAGAUCGUCACGAGCUUGAACUUCUUUCUGCGCACGCCAAUGAGGCUGAACGCUUUGGUGAGGCAGAAAAAUACUUCUAUGAGCUGUCAAAAGUUCCAGGCUAUGGUCUCAGGGUCGAAGCUAUGCUACAGAGAGAAGAAUUCCCCACUCGCCUGGAAGAACUGAGGCCUCAGCUGCGGGGACUAGUGAACAUGUGCGAUCAGCUCAUAAAGGACACAUCACUCAGGGAAUUUUUGACUCUGGUUCUACAGAUUGGAAACUGUCUAAAUGCCGGAAGUUACGCAGGCAGCGCAGCUGGAUUCAAGCUGAACACAUUGCCGAAGCUACUAGACACGAGGGCCAACAAGCCCAGAAUGACGUUUCUACACUUCGUAGUGCAGGUUGCAGAAAGAAACAACAGGGACGCAUUGGUUUUUAUAAAGGAUCUAUCAAACAUCAAUGAUAUUUGCAAGAUUUCUGUUGACGGUGUGGAAGAUGAGGUGCGAAAUCUUGUAACAGAUAUCUUUAAAGAGUUCAUGGAGCAAGCACUGGUUGAAGUUGACCGUCUGCAGCAAGGUGUUCGGGAGGUAAAGGCCGCGGCAGCUCGUCUUGCUCGUCACUUUUGCGAGGAUCCCGAUAAAUUUAAGCUGGAAGAGUGCUUCAGGCUGUUUUCUGACUUUUUCCGCAGGGCGGAAGAGGUACGCAAGGAAAAUGUCCAGCGGCAGAAGCAAGAAGAACGUGCGGCACAACGGACGGUAAGAGCAAACGUGGGGGGCGGUAAGAAAAAGUCGAGUCUGAAGUCUGCCAACAGCGAAGUGUGUCUGGUUGACCGACUCAUGGAGGAGAUACGCAGCGGGACAUUCAAGUUGCGACGCAGCGAAGGGUGACUGUUGCGGUCGGCAGUCUCGGCAGACAAGAUCGCCGUCGGCUGUUGUAGUCCCUGAGAGGUUAGAUGUCAAGAAGCAGAGAUAAACCAGCUUUCUAGUCCUGUUUAAAAUUGUAUGAAUAAUUUAAUUUCAUGACUGCUAGAUGAUGCAAACCAAACGGCUGGGGUACUGUUCUACUUUGAAAAUGAGGCAAAAACUGAAUCAACAUGUCUUAAACCAGAAACAGGUACCUUGCGUUACUGCAAAAUAUACAGUGACAAAUACAAGCUUCGUUGGACAUUAAAACGAGGGGUCUUAUCCAUUUGCGUGGUCAUAGCCUCGAUUCCAUAGUCGAAAUGAUUUUCCGAAGAUGACGGCAUAAUAAAUUUUUAAUCGCAUCUGUUGCACUUUUUUAUGGGCACGUAUUUGAUCAUUUUGUUGCCAGAAUUAAACUUGUGUCCAUUUUUUUUUUCUCUUUUUUGACUUAGUACAGUUCUGCUCAUGGUUUAAAUAGUCUGCAUCAGACUUGGAAGCAUGUGUUGUACAUAAUAUUUAUGUAUAAAGUAAAAGUUAAAGUUGCCCUUGGUGUUAAACUAAGCGCUGCGCCAUGCAGGUGUAUGGAAAAGUGGAGGUUUAGCUCCAUGAACAGAAUCUCAUUAGACGUUACACAUUGUAAAUAGCGUGUAGAUAUGAAGUGACCAUCUAAUCAACUCUGUUUUGUACGAUAGAUGUGCUAACUUCCUUACCAACUAACAUGUUUGGAGAUUUUAUGUUUAAUUUGGUGCACGAUGUAUAAAACUACAGUAAAGAUAGAAAUACACUUUGCAUCUUCGGUCUGCAUUAGAAAUUUUGUACAAGUGCUCAAUCAAGAAAGAAGAAAGAUGUGAUGAAGAGAGUGAUCUUGUUGGGGGGUCGUGUUUUCUGGCACUGUUCCAUGUACGUAUCUGCUCUGGAUGAUAAUGUCUGAUUUUAUGGUGAUGAUCUCAGAGAUCUGUGAAUGCAUUCUUGAGAUUCAGGAUGGUUGUCUUCUGGUAGACGACACGGCACAACAACCCAGAAGACGGCCGUCUUCGGACUCACGCCGUAAAAACCUCAGAUCAUACGUUCUUGAGAUUUAUAGAUUUUCAUCUCAGCUUGAGUGUCAGUUGAGUUCUUUCAGCUCGUAGUCCCGGGAGCCAGCAUCAAAGAGAGACAGUCGGUUUGGUUCGUCGCGGUGGAAAUAUUUGGAGUCCAAGACGCAACUCACAAAUUUCUCUGUUGCUUUUGUUAUGCAGGAGAAGAGAGUGAGGCGGAAGAUUAAAUCUGGAUUCGUAGGUCAUCUGAGUGACCACGAGAAAUUGAAAGUUGGUCGUGGAAGUACCAACAUCAUUUUAUUUAAAAAAAUAAUUUUAUGUUCUUCUGUUCAGUGCUUAAUUAAGUUAACUGGUAUUAUUACAUAAAAAUUUCCUUGAAACAGAUUUAAUUCAGUAAUAAUAACUAAUCUCCUAAGUUGUGCCUGUGAAUUCCUCUAUAUCACCGAACCUAACCUAACCUAACUUAAUUAUAGCAUUCAGCCAGCUUUUGUCAAAUUGUGGGUCCAAGAUUGUGUACGUGUCAGAUUACACAGUGAUCAUAUAUGUAUAUUUGUUUUAAAUUUGGCCUCUGUUAGUAGUUGAUCUGGCCCUUAAUAAUGUAUGCCUGGUGAAGUAUACUUUUUGGAUGCUGUUAAAAUUAGAAAUUGUAGUUAAUAACUUCUGAUAACUCUUUAACAGUUCGGUCGGAGAAAGACUGCUGAGAAGGCAGAUGUAAAACAACAUUUUUGUCUGUAACAAACAUAAGAAAUUAAAUAUUUCUAAGUAGGGAUGUGUUUAUUGUCUCUUAAAAAUCUUGUUGACUUAGGACCUUAGCACACCCCUCUUUCAGAAAUCGUUUCUCAAUGAUUUACCUGAGAUUCAACAUGGGGAUGAACUGAGUUUGUAGUUCAAAUAAGUGCCUUAAAAUAUUUAACAGGACAGUAUUAGCUAUUUGUAAAUUUUUUGUAGCAAGUAGUAAAUAGUGUAUAUAAUUAAGGCACAGUUUUUAUCAUAAAUAUUCAUCAAUCAAAAAAGCCGUAGGCUUGAAGGAAACUUGUCGGUCUGCUGAAAGAUGGAUUGGGAUGCCCCAAACGAUCCUUGUCCAACCCCAGUGCUGGUAUCUUGCAUUGAUGAUCAUUGCCAGCUGUGUUUGUUUCACAAGUGAAAAAUAAGGGACUUUGAUAAAUUGAUGUGUAAACGUCUUGUUGUUAUAAUUUGAGGUUAUGUAUAGUUGUAAUACAUUUCUUAUGGCCCAUUCAAAGUUGUACAGUCCAUCUGUCACACAAAUUACAUGUCCCAAGGAUCACCAUCUACCUUUAUGAAUAGUGCUUGCUUAUUUCGGCUACAGGAUACAUGAAUGUAUUGAAUACACAAAGGUUAUAUUUGAUAAUGUCGUCUUCAGUGAAAUGAGAAUUCAGUUCCCGACACUCGGUACAACUGUUCUGCCGUAACUUGGGGCAGAUGGAACAUGCGCUACCAGAACAAGGCUUGUGUCUCUGAUGAAUGGUGACACAUCAGUUACUACUUUGCAAGCCACCAUUUUUUAUGACUUGGUACCGUAUUCAAAGUCGUAGUUUCGCUCUAGAUUGUUGAAGUGUUCCCCGUAAAACUCAUGAAAUUACUUUUAAAACAUAAAGUUGGUCAGAGAUGUAAUAUGUGUGUGAUUUCUAUGUUUUCGCAGUAUGCAUAGUUUUAAACUGCGAAUGUUUUAAAUAUUUUUAUAAACAGUUGUAUUAUUUUAAUAAAUGAAGAUGUUUAUAACAGUAUGUGAACUUAAUUUUAGAAGCUGUUCUGUGAAACAAUAAGUUCAUGCCAAAAUAAAAUAAAUUCUGCACAAAACCAA